AUGCUCCGUGGAUGUCGCCUUCAGUCAAACCGCACCUCCGUGGGACCCGCCUUGGGCCUUAGGCCGAAUCGUGGUUUCAAGUCCACAUCAGUUGAUAGACUCGGAGCGGCCCUUUUCGCCUUUCUGGUGGACACAUUUCGGAGAAGACACAACUACCUACGGAUCUCGCUGACAGAGAAAUGCAAUCUACGAUGCUUCUACUGCAUGCCAAGCGAAGGCGUCGAACUGUCUCCCCGAGAACAUAUCCUCACAGACGAUGAAGUGAUCCGGCUUGCUAAGCUGUUUGUGCAAAGCGGAGUCACAAAGAUUCGGUUGACUGGGGGCGAGCCGACAGUUAGGAAAGGUCUUGGCGACAUUAUAUCCCGAUUGAAUGAACUGCGGGAGUUCGGGCUCGAAUCCAUAGGCAUGACCAGCAAUGGCAUCGCCCUGGCACGCCGACUGCCCUCGCUCGUCGAAAACGGGCUAACGCAUCUCAACUUAAGCUUGGACACCCUCGACCCCUUUAAGUUCGAGAUAAUGACCCGCCGACGAGGUCACGAAGUCGUACUUCGUAGUCUAGAUGCCGCUCUUGCAUCAGGCUUGCAGUCUGUGAAGCUCAACGUCGUGAUCGUGCAAGGCCUGAAUGAUCACGAGGCGCUUGAUUUCUUAGAACUCACCAGGGAUAGGGAUCUUUCGGUCCGGUUCAUUGAGUUCAUGCCUUUCACAGGUAACAAGUGGGAUAGACGCAAGAUGGCCCCAGAUGAACUGAACGAACCGCCGCUCCUACAUGAUACCUGGAACAAGGGUAGCUUUGGUUUCAUCAGCAGCAUGUCCGACCACUUCUGCGGCUCGUGCAAUCGCUUGAGACUCACUGCGGAUGGUCAGAUCAAGGUUUGUCUGUUCGACGCCAAGGAGAUCUCGUUGCGCGAUCGCAUGCGAGAAGGGUCCACAGACGAAGAACUGCUCCAGACCAUAGGUUUCGCUGUUCAGGGCAAGAAGGAGAAGCAUGCGGGAAUGGAAGAUAUAGACGUUGUGACGAACAGGCCCAUGAUUCUCAUUGGAGAUCUCGGAGGCUCCAAACCACGGCUCACACACCUGGAUGACUCCGGCAAGGCAUCCAUGGUGGAUGCGAAAGCUAAAGCCCGAUCGAAAGGCGACGUGUUCAUGGUGGCCAAACUGGCCGCCAUCAUGGGAUGCAAGCGGACGUCCGAUCUAAUACCCCUCUGCCACCCCUUGCAGCUCUCUGAUAUCGCCGUCACGCUGCAUGCGGAAGUACACCGAUCAGCUUCCGGAUCCUCAGGGCCAGACGUACAACACCACCCCGCAGCAGUCUCAGAUUCCGAUGUCGGAACCAUAUCGGACCAGUUCAGUAUUCUCUGUCGUGCGGAAGUGGCUUGCGAGGGCAAGACCGGAGUGGAGAUGGAAGCUUUGACGGCAGUGUCGAUCGGCCUUCUCACCGUCUGGGACAUGUUGAAGGCUGUGGCCGGAAAAGAGAUGACAAUCGGAGAUAUUGUCGUGUCCAGCAAAGAGGGUGGUAAAAGCGGUGAUUUCCAUAGAGUUCAGUAG